UUGGGACGGAGGGAGUACUAGUUAGAUGCAUGCAAGAUAGAAGUAAGAAAGCAUGAAUAAACAAACUUUAAUUGAGGCACUACAACUGCAAGGACAGAUAAUCAUGACAAUUUUCAGAAAACAACCAUCACUCAAAUGUCUUCUUUCGUUUAUUUGCCACUAUUUCUUUACUUUUAUACUUUCCGUCCAUGUCGUAGUCUAGCUUCUAAUAUGUCCUUUGCUGAACAAACAAAGAAAAGGAGCAAAAAAAAAAGAAGAAGAAGAAACAAGGAGAACAUUACCAGAAUGAUGCACAAAAUAGAGUGGCGGUACACAAUCAAGUCUUUAUUGUCUACUGCAUAACCAAUGAAAGAUUGCACAUCAAUGUUCUUCUAUGCUUUCUUAAAACCAAUCGUCUGAUGGAGCAUAUGGGUCUCAACAAGAGAAACGCGCUAUCACGAAGUUACGUCACAAAAAAUUAACAAAGAUUGUAAUCUUGUUAUUAAACUUGGAUAUACUGUAAAGGGAUAUGUGUGAUAAGCAACUUCUGAAUGAAAAUUAAGUUAUUGCUAUUUAGGUCGUUAGCCCUACCUUUAAAAAGUAAAUAAUCCCCAAAAAUGGGCAGAGGUAAAGCAGAGUAUCUUCCAUAUAAAAAGCCAGAGUGCCUCCCCUCACUAUUUUAAUUUUUACAUUGGAGUACCAAUGUAAAAAGGCAGAGUAUCUUCCUUUACUACAGAACAGCUCAUACCCAAGCACAAGAAAUCAGACAAACUUUCAGCCUCUGCUUUGCCCUUUGUGCACUGCACACCUCCACUCCACUCGCCUCUACCACUGGGGUGUGAUCUCUUUGAUUUGUCAUCUCCGGCAAGCGUUGUUUAAUUAAAAAGAAAAUCAAUGGCGAUGUUAUACAAUCUGAAACAUUUACACAUAUAUACUGUUGUACACAGAUUAUACACACGAUUCACCCCUUUAUUAGAUAGGUGCCUUGGAUUAUGUUACAUCUUGCAAACAAAUACUCAACGCACAGCAAGCCACUGGAGGCAAUGCUCUCGGCAGGCAACCUUUGUUGUAUAUAUAUCAUUAGAUUACUACUUAAUGGAACAAACGUUCACCCUCUUCUUACAUUAGAUUAAGCUUGGACUAAAACCAAAGACACCUACUGCCUUCUACUCAGCAAAACUGUAAAAUUGAUAUAUUUUUUGUCCAGCCAGGAACUCUAUGCUUAGUAAGAUUGGAAUCUUCUAGCUGUUUUUUUAGCAAAUCUCGGUUAUCUUAAAUUUAUUUCUUGUGUUGAUGCCGAUGCUUAUUAUAACUACCUUCCUUGGUGAGAAACACCUUCUUGAAAAAUACCAGCUGACUUAGAUCAAGCACAAACACUUUAGGCUAUAGUUCUGUAGGAUACUAGGUGCUGGAAUAUUUACAUGUUGAUCUGAAUAUGUCAAAAUAUGACUAUUGAUAAAGAAAAAUUAUAUCAUCCUCACCUAUGCCAACAUUCAAAUGGCUAAUGACAUACUCGUCCCUACAGCUGGUAACCACAACGCAACACCUUCCCGCUGCCUGCAUUCCCCACACUUUCCCAUCUCUGUGUCAUGAUCAUGGACCUCGCCCUUGUUGCUACCACCCUAAAAUUCAGAAAUAGUAUAGCCCUACAAUGCGAAAUUUAGUCAGUUUGAAGUCCAACAAGGAACUGAGUAACUUGGUCGGCUUCUUUGUGAUGAUAUGAAACACCCAGCGUAAGAUCUGAGACCAUCACUGCAUACAUGUAUAUGAUGAAACUACUCGUAGUUUUUACCUCGUGUCUAGAAGGCAUAAUUGUUGUGAACAUGUAAAUGUCUGAAGUAUGAAGCGGCUUUGACAAUAAUUACAUUGACUAUACUUUCUCGUAAGUUGAACUAUCGUGCAAACAAGCCACCAACUAACUUCAGUAUGAACACAAAAAAUGAGCAAAUAACACAUCAGUCAAGUGAAAGCAAUGAUCACCUCACGUUAAGGGACUGUCCUGGUCAUUCAGGUUGCUGUUAUUUCCAAAAAUGAACAUUAAAGCAAGUAUCCAAGUUGCUUCUCUGAAAGUUGUCUGUGUGAACUUCAAACAUGUCCAUGGAAAGCAAUUUUAGAUGACUGACCCUAGUAUAUAAAUUGAUUUCUAUUGGGCUGCAAGAGUAGUUUAUAGACGGUUCGACUGUUGCGCUCUUUGGGCAGGAAUCUCCACUUCACAGCAAGAAUUCACAUACAUGAUUCUUUUUUUACUUUGUUAUCCCUGAAGGGAAAAUAUUCAUCACUGAACACCUUCAGCAGAUCAUUGUUGUAUAAUUGAAUCUUAUUACUUAAGGAUUUGUGAAGUGAUUAGGAAAAAACAUCAAGGAAGUCCAAACAUGGUGGAUGUAAUUUAGAAUCCAAGAUUUCCGUCUCGUCCAUAUAUUCAAGUUCAAACAUGAACUGCAGUUCACUAAGCUAUAAUCCAACUAAUUCAGAACUGACAUGGUGUACCUUGUGGAGACGUAAAUAGAGCGCAAAUCUGAAGAGGCGACGAUGUGCUCAGAUAGAAGAGAAAGGAGAGGCGCAGAGCGCGACGAACGGUCUGCUUGCUCCUUGACGCAGCGUUGCACUGUGCUCGUGAGGCCGCUGAAGUUCUUGAGCGAGCUCCCCAGCAGUUUAUGCGACCUCCAAGCUGUCUGGCGAUGGCGAACAAGUGUGCCGGCAGGGUAUGUGGCCUCCAUGCAAUCCCGGCGGCGACGAGCGAGUGACUCAGGCAGUGGGUAUGGCCUCACUGCAUGCAACACUGGUGACAGCGAGCGAGCAUGGCAGGGGAAACUGAGCGUGCGGAGAGCGGAGGAGAAACAGAGGAAAAUGGAUGACGAAGCCGGGGAGAAAUUGGGCGGGCGCAGCAAGGGGUUGCAGUUUCUCUAAUUUGAAUUUUGAAGUGGGAUUGGAGCUGGCCGGGGAUUGGGAUUGAAGGAGAGAGGCGGCAGGAUAGAGGGAUUGGGGGACGCCAUGAGGAGGCAAUGGGAUGGACGACGCGAGAUGAUUGUGGAAGAAUGGCCGGUGCUAGCAGGCGCUUGGCAGUAAAAUAUGUUAGAUGUGCCAAACACCACUUCAUGUCGCAGCUGGAUACAAUAAUACUGAGAUAGUGAAAUUCCUUCUUGAUUGGCAAGGGCAAGGUGCAGAUAUGGUUGAGGUGGAGGCAAAGAACAUGUACGGAGAGACACCCCUGCAUAUGGCAGUAAAAAAUAGUUCUUAUGAAUCAGCAAAAUUGCUCCUUGAACAUGGUGUACAUACAGGAGCCAAAACAAAUAAUGGCAUGUCACCAUUGCAUUUAGCUGUCUGGCAUGCACUUCAAACUGGAGAUUGCAGCACCAUCAAUUUGUUGCUAAGCUAUAAUGCAGAUUGCAAUGCUAAAGAUGAUGAAGGCAAAAUCCCCUUAAAUCAUAUCCCAGGAGGAGCUGGCAAUGAGAUGCUGCUCCAGCUCCUCAUUCGCCAUAUGGAAGAACAAAGAAAACAAAAAGCCCUCAUGACAUGUCAUGAACAACGGUCAAUGGCGGAGUUUGAAGAAGCAAUAUCACAAAUCGUGGGGUUGCAAGAGCUGAAAAUGCAAUUACGUCGAUGGGCCAGGGGAAUGCUUUUUGAUGAAAAACGCCGGGCUAUGGGCUUAGGGAUUGCUACCAGAAGAGCUCCCCACAUGGCAUUUCUGGGCAAUCCAGGAACAG